CGGCUAACCGAACAUCAGUCGUGAGUGGUCUGCGAGCCGAAAUUAAAACAACCUCCAUUCGAGUCGUCAUCACAGUGACUAGUCCCGAGCAAUACGAUUUAUUUAUACUCGAGUCCGGUUAAGACAUCUGACAUGCACGUGAACAUUGCAGUCGUCCUGUUCGCAGUGGCGACGCUACUUCAGCAAUCUCACUGUAUACCAACGCAUCGUUAUGUUAGAGAAACUGGUGGAGAAGGACAAGAUUGGACCACUAGAAUCAAAGAAUAUUUAAACAAGAUUCCAGGCUACGGAUCAUCAUCUUCUGAAUCACAAUCACCGUCUGCAGGAACUGAAUCGGCUGCAGGAACUGAAUCAGCUGCAUCCGAGAUACAUUCUUCAGUCGCAACUAAAGAAGGCUCCACCUCUUCAUCUGGGUUCCCUUCAUACACAGAUUACAUGCCAAGUCAAUUAAGCCAAUACCAGAACAGCUUCCCUAAUCCAAGUCAAUUUAGUCAAUAUCAGAAUCAAUUCCCCAACCCAAGUCAAUUCAGCCAAUACUUCAAUUCCAAUUCUGGUAGUUCUGGUGCCGCUGCUGGUACUGCCGGAGCCGCAUCCGAACCACAAGCUGCAAUAGCCGCCAAAGAAGGAAGCACAUCUUCAUCCGGAUUCCCAUCCUACACAGACUACAUGCCGAGUCAAUUAAGUCAAUACCAGAACAGCUUCCCGAACCCAAGUCAGUUUACCCAAUAUUUUAACUCCAAACCUGGUAGUUCCGGCGCUGCUGCUGGUACUGCUGGAGCCGCAUCUGAACCACAAGCUGCAAUAGCCGCUAAAGAAGGAAGCACAUCCUCAUCUGGAUUCCCAUCUUACACAGACUACAUGCCAAGUCAAUUAAGUCAAUACCAGAACAGCUUCCCAAACCCAAGUCAGUUUACCCAAUAUUUUAACUCCAAACCUGGUAGUUCCGGCGCUGCUGCUGGUACUGCUGGAGCCGCAUCCGAACCACAAGCUGCAAUAGCCGCUAAAGAAGGAAGCACAUCCUCAUCCGGAUUCCCUUCUUACACAGACUACAUGCCCAGUCAAUUAAGUCAAUACCAGAACAGCUUCCCGAACCCAAGUCAAUUUAGCCAAUAUUUUAACUCCAAACCUGGUAGUUCCGGUGCUGCUGCUGGUACUGCUGGAGCCGCAUCUGAACCACAAGCUGCAAUAGCCGCUAAAGAAGGAAGCACAUCCUCAUCUGGAUUCCCAUCUUACACAGACUACAUGCCGAGUCAAUUAAGUCAAUACCAGAACAGCUUCCCGAACCCAAGUCAGUUUACCCAAUAUUUUAACUCCAAACCUGGUAGUUCCGGCGCUGCUGCUGGUACUGCUGGAGCCGCAUCCGAACCACAAGCUGCAAUAGCCGCUAAAGAAGGAAGCUCAUCCUCAUCCGGAUUCCCUUCUUACACAGACUACAUGCCCAGUCAAUUAAGUCAAUACCAGAACAGCUUCCCGAACCCAAGUCAAUUUAGCCAAUAUUUUAACUCCAAACCUGGUAGUUCCGGUGCUGCUGCUGGUACUGCUGGAGCCGCAUCUGAACCACAAGCUGCAAUAGCCGCUAAAGAAGGAAGCACAUCUUCAUCCGGAUUCCCAUCCUACACAGACUACAUGCCGAGUCAAUUAAGUCAAUACCAAAACAGCUUCCCGAAUCCAAGUCAGUUUAGCCAGUACCAGAACCAAAUUCCUCAAUCGAUGAACCCUGGUCAAUACUUUAAUUCAAAACCUACUGGUGCAUAAAAUGAAUAGUGGUGUAAGUCAAAGAAAAUCAGCUGGCACCCUAUAGGUUUAAGGACAUGUUUAAUUUACCGCAACAUAUGUACCGACGCGUUUAUAAUAUUAAAUGUGUGUAAUAUUAUUUUAAUUUUCUUAAACAAUUUAAAAAUAUCUCAAAUCAUAUUUUUAUUUUACUGUUUAUCGUUAAUAAUUUUUUUUACGUAUUGUAAAUUCUGGUAAUAAAUACAGUUUUAUAGUUAA